ACGGGUGCAUUUGUUUAUUCGACAGAAAUCUAUUGGAGUGUUAAGACGUGUUCGCGAUAAAAAAAAGAAAUUAUUUCAGUGAGCAACGGAAACUGCAGAAAUCCAUAAGAAUUUCGAACAACUCGAGAAAAUGGCGAAAAAUAUCAGAGAAUCGAGGAACAGGUGCUUUGGAGUAACUAAUAACAAGAUCAACUGGAUUAAGAAGAACUUCAUUGAGGGGUUAAAAUGGAUUGCAGCAAUACUGUUUGUGAUGACUAUUUUUUAUAUCAUGUAUCUUGUCUUGGACAUGGCUUUUGGUCCCAAGGAUUACAAGAAGAAUAGAAAAAUUGCUGCCAUUCAUCAUAUUGACAAUCGUACCAAUGGCACUGAUGCCGUCAUUUAUUAUGCUGCCAAUCAUACCAAUGGUACUGGUGGGCCGUUCUUCCAACCAUACACUAAAAUGCUGUAGAGGCUUGUCUUCAUUUUUCCAUUAUAAAAUAUGUUUUAAAAUAAUUUCAAUAAAUUAAUCAAUGUUUAUAUAGAAAA